AAAGUGGGUGGCGAUAUCAACGUGGCUGUCAUCAAGCAGACGGAGGGGAAGAGCGAACGAAACCAUCCGUUGAGGAUUGCUUGCUUUAUAUAUAAAAAAAGAAGGAUUGCUUGCUUUAUCCCGUCGGACUUGAAAAGUGUCAGUGAAUCACCAGUCAACCGUGGAUUAUGUAGGCAUGAAAACACAUCGUCGUUUUUAAAGAAAUUAUUUGAACACUUCAACUCUUUACCUUACAAUUUCGGAUGUCGUAUUGGAUUAAAUAUUUCCCACCUUUUUAGCAACGUAGUUAGCUAGCUAGCAUUUGCUAGUCUGUCUCACAGGUAGAAGAGGGGUCGGUGACAAAGGAGGGGUAAAGUGGCGAGGUAACUUAACGAUGAAUCGAUUUCGAAAGUGGCUUUACAAGCCUAAGAGGACGGACCCUCAGCUCCUGGCCCAGUUCUACUAUGCUGAUGAGGAGCUCAACCAGGUGGCCACAGAACUAGACAGCCUAGAUGGGAGGAAGGACCCUCAGAGGUGUACGCUGCUGGUCAACCAGUUCAGAUCCUGUCAGGACAAUGUGUUGAACAUUAUCAACCAGAUCAUGGAUGAAUGUAUUCCUGGCGACAGAGCCAACAGAGACUUCUGUGUCAAGUUCCCAGAGGAGAUUCGCCAUGACAACCUGGCUGGACAGCUAUGGUUUGGGGCUGAGUGUCUGGCUGCAGGCUCAAUCAUCAUGAACAGGGAGAUAGAGAGCAUGGCCAUGAGGCCUCUAGCCAAGGACCUGACCAGUAGUCUGGAGGAGGUCCGCAACAUCACGCGAGACCAGGCCCUCAGAGACCUCAACUUCUACACCGACCGCAUGAGGGACACGCUGCGCCACUUCGACAGCCUCUUUGCUGAGUUUGAGCUCAGCUAUGUAUCAGCCAUGGUGCCUGUGAAGUCUCCCAAAGAAUACUAUGUUCAGCAGGAUGUGAUUGUGCUCUUCUGUGAGACUGUGGAGAGGGCACUCAAGCUGGGCUAUCUCAGCCAAGAUAUGAUCGAUGACUAUGAACCGGCUCUGAUGUUUACAAUCCCCAGACUAGCCAUUGUGUGUGGUCUGGUGGUGUACAGUGAAGGUCCACUCAACCUGGAUAGGAAACCAGGGGACAUGUCUGAGCUCUUCCGGCCCUUCCGCACUUUACUGAAGAAGAUCAGGGACCUGCUGCAGACCCUGUCAGAGGAGGAGUUGUUGACGCUGGAGCGGAGCCUCUGUAUCUCUCAGGACGGGUUCCCCUUAGUCCCCGAGCUUCCCCCCACCCCAGCCCCCACCAUUGCCCCAGACCCCCUCUCAUCCAGCAGCCCCACCGGUGACAUCCCGGAGGAGCUGGCUGAGAGGGAGCAGCAGCAGCAAGAGGUGCUGUCUCUGUGCAUCUCCCACAUCCAGGAUGUGGAGGACAGGGAGUGGGAGGAGGUGGAGAGGGGGGGAGAGGAGGAGCGGGGUAGUCUGUUUGAGGAGGCGGAGGAGGCGGACCAGGCCUGCUCCAUGCAAUAUGAUGAGGAGGAGAUUGAACAGCUCAACAUGAUGGUGCACCGCGUGGGGGACGAGAUGUUCACGCUGCUGUCCCCUCCCAGCCAGGGACAGUCCCCAGCCCACCGCCCCAACAAAGGGGGCUCUAUCGGUAGCUCCAGCACCGAGGCCUCCCCCAUCCGAGUGCUGGUGGGCCAGGGCAGGACAGGUCUCUACCACGAGGAAGAGGACAGAGUCUUCUUCAUGGAGGACCUGGACGCAGGAGGGGACCUUGUGACCAGCAGUCGUCUAACCUCACCUUCCAAAGCCCCUCAGCCCUCUUCUCCUCAGCCCAGCAGGCCUGGCCCCCUGACCGACUCAUCCAGGAAUGGAUGGUCCGCUGAAGCCCAGUCAGAUCUGUCCCAGCAUCCUCACAGCCAGCCCUCACAGUGCCACAGCACCAAGCGACCUGGCCCUGGCCGGGAGCCUCUGCCCUACACUAACGGCUGGGAGGUGGGCCUGGAGGGGGCGGAAACUGCUGAGGUCAUCGCACACCGCAUGGGAGGGAUGAAGCUAUCGGCCACCGUCAUUUUCAACCCCCACUCCCCCAGCCUGACUGAGCUGGCUGUAGACAAGCUGCUCUUGCCCCGACACCUCUCCUCCUCAGAGACAGAGCCAUGCGCCCCCCUGGUGGCCACAAACUGCCUGCUCAACUCCUGUGUCUGCUGCGGCAGCUGUGAGGUCGGCCAUGAUGACACCCUCACCAUGGACACCACAGGGCUGGGAAUGAGCCUGGGGCUGGACAAACACUGCAAGCCCCACAGCUCUGUCAUCCAGUCCUCUGCCUGCCACCUAGCUUCCUCAGGACACGACCUACAUGGGAAAGGGGACUCUCCCCCCCAGCUGACGCCCCCCUCUCGCUGUUCCUCAGAGCCACCUCCGGGGGAGGAGGAAGGGGACCAGCGCUGUGACAAGUGCCUGGUGGUGGUGGCCCCGGGGCCUCAGCAGUGCCUGGGCCAGAACAGGAGCCCCAUUGGGGUAAGGGGAACCCCAGAACCUUGUUCCCACCAGUGCAGGACAGUGAGGAGGCCCCAGGCCAGCGGGGGAAGGGACAGGACUGGGACCAGAGAGGCAGACAGUGAGUCCAAGGAAGAGAUCAAGAAGAACACUAGUUUUUUUCAGGACUCUCCUCUCAGCUCAGUCUCCAGUAGUGACUGUGAGAGUGUGUCUGUCACCACAUGUAGUCUGUCCAGCAGUGCUUACACAGCCAGCCCUGUCAGCAGUCUGACCACGAGCUCGGGGACGUCAGAGGAUCUGGACCACCAUGAAAUCCAGCUGGCCCUGCAGGCUGCUAAAAUGGCCGCCAGGAACAAGAUCCGCUCGCGCUUCCACAGCAGCAGUGACCUCAUCCACCGCCUCUUCGUCUGCAUAUCGGGUGUUGCUGACCAGCUGCAGACAAACUAUGCCGCAGACCUUCGAAGCAUUCUGAAGACACUGUUUGAAGUCAUGGCUACCUCUGAGCAGGGGGACAAUAACAAGGAGAAGGCAUGUCCAGGGCUGCGCAGUGCUGUGCUGGAGGACUGUUCUCUCUGUCAGGAGACCAUCUCCUCCUCGGAGCUGGCAGCCAAGGCCCUGGAGGGACAGUUUGAAGAUCCCCCAGACUGGGUUCCUGAUGAGGAAUGUGACUCCUGCAUCACCUGUAAGGCCCCCUUCACCGUCAUCCGCAGGAAGCACCACUGUAGGAGCUGUGGCAAGAUCUUCUGCUCUCGCUGCUCCUCCCACUCAGCCCCGUUACCGCGGUAUGGCCAGGUGAAGGCCGUCAGGGUGUGUACGCACUGCUACAUGUUCCACGUCACACCGUUCUACAGCGACAAGACUGGCAUCUGACCCCUGCUGUACAAACCUAUCCCCCCCCCCCCCACCUCGCUGCAUCUACAGGAGCAAAUCCAGGGGAUAUGAGGCUAUAUUCAAAGUACAUCCCCAACUACACAGAGCAACCUUAUUGAUCAUCUUCAUCACACUGCACAGCAAGGCAAGGCUUUGGAAUAAGGAGGACAUGGAUGAGAGGACAGAGAGAUGGAACGAGGUCGGAUGUGGAGGAGCAUAAACUAUGAUUAGAUCCUUUCUGUUGUUUUUGAGAUGCUGCUGCUGCCUGAAAGGGAACCAAAGGGCCUAAUCCUAUGCUGUCCUCCUCCUAACUCACUAAUGCCUGCCUGCCUAAUAGAGGCAGAUUAAGAAAAAACUGGAAAUAGGGUUUUGAACAGGCUACUCUGGACCGGUCCAGUGCUUUAGGAACAGCUUCUGGGAAUGUUUGCAGCUGAAGAGGGAGAGAAAGCCUUUUCUGUUUUAUUGCUUGUGUAUAACAAAGGCCUUCUGACAUCAUGUCCUAUGCUUUAGCGGGCUUCCCACACUUGUGCCAGAGCUCUGACAGGGCUCCGAUUUACUUUAAAGAAUGGAAGUCAUAAUAAACAUGUAAAUAAGGAUAAUUAUGUUGAUAGUGAUGAUGAUCUCCGCACAACUGAUCUCGCUUGUUUGGCCGCAAUGGCUCUAGAGGUUUUAAUUUUAGUUUGUCAUGUAAUUCCUGAUGCUGUGAGGAGGGGAAAGCAAUCCUCAUCAGGCUAUCUAAUAGCGAAGCAACAAAAAAAUAUAGAUUUUAUGUAUAUGUGGCUUGUUUGGCAAUGUUUUUAACGGCAAUAUAAUUUGUGAUAUAAUUUCAUAUGGGAUUUUUAUUUUAUCGACUGUGUCUCAAAGGACACAGAUUAGCUGGUCUUUUAUAACAAUGUGGGCUGUGCCCAUUGCUUUUACAGUCACAACAUACAAUGUUUUUUUUAAAUGCUUGAUCUCAUUCCCAUCCCAUCUUUAACAUGCUACUCCUCAACCUCUGACAUGGUCACAUCAGUCACUCUCUCAUGCAUUUAAUGCCCUCUGGUGGAGAGAAACUUUAACCUCCUACCACACAGUAUCUAUAUUAUGUGAUUGUUAGAAUCAUGGAGUGCAUAUCACCACUAUUUAGAGGUUUAUGAUGCCUGUCUCCCAUCAGUUGGUCAAGGCAGCUUUGUUUCCUCCUGAUUGUGCAAUAUAGUUUUUCCCUCUGUGUAUGUUGUUGCCAAACACAUUUAUCUUAAGUAUAUUUCAACUCUCCCAGUGGUCACACUGAUAGCACACUUUUCUAGACAGGAUUCACCAAAACCGAGACGAACCUCUACUACUACACUAAGCAUGGAUGUACAUUUUCAUGAUCUAAGUUACAUGCCAGCUGCUGCUGCUGUUGCAGAAACAUAUGUGAUCUGUAGGGAAAUCAGUUAGAAUAUGUUACAGAUAGUAAGUUAAAUUUAAACUAGACUGUUUUUUUUCAUCCCUACCUGCGUAUACAUUAUCCCCAUACCUCUCUGCACAAAGUACUACUAUUCCCAGUAGAUAACCACUUCCUCUACUCUUACAUCAUGAUUUCUGCCUGCUCCCUCUAGUCAUUUCUGAUGUGGAGGGGAAGCUUCACCAUCUAGGUUACAGUGGAGAAUGUGAUGUGGAUAGAGGAAUGGUCAAUCUGACAUAACUGGCUCAAACAACCAUGGCCUUCUACGCUUCAAGGCCGCACCAGUUAUAUCAAAUCUGCCCUGAUUUAUAAGCUAAUUCUCAGGCUUUAUCUUGUCUAGAUCGCUUUAUACUUCUACACGGUUUAUUUGUAUUGAGGAAAAUUUAAAGACCUUAAGAUUAUGUAAUUGUUUUAUAAACAAAAUGAAAUUGUAAAUCUAUAAAUCUAUUACUACUUUUUCAGUAUGGUGCAGUAAUUCAAGGACUGCGUAUCCUAUUACUUCAGAGCUUGUUAUUUUGUAAAGGCUAGCAGAGUUCAGUAAUAAGAGCCAUGUGAAACAUUUGGGAAAACUGACAUAAUGUUAUUAGUUUUAAAUGUCAUGUAAAUUAAAAUUAAAUGACUUUUUUCUUUGAAUAA